CCUCCGCCAGCUCCGAGCCAGGGGCGCAGCGCGCCGAGCCCGUCACCCUCCCAGGGGACGAAGGGAAGAAAGCCCCGCUCAUCUGCCGGAUCACAACCCCAGCCGACCCCGCGGAGCAGAUCUGACAGUCAUAUUGCUGAGAGGCAGCCGAGGACCUCGCAGCAUCAUAAAGACGCUAUCGCCCGCCCCUGGACGCCCCCGAGCGAGGCGAAGCGCACCGUUACCGACCGACCGGCCGGCCGGCUGCUUGACAGCCCGCGCGCAGCGCCAACCGCCACCAGGCCGCGGCUCUCCCGCUGCGCAUACGCGGCAGCACAGCGGCGACUACUCCGAGGACAACGCGCAUGCGCGGAGGCGUACAGCGUGCGUAGAGGGGCGCUGCCGCGCAUGCCCGCAGCGGGACGCAGGCGCGUGACGCGCCGUCUGCGCGCUGUCGCUCCCCGGUCCCAUAUGGAGGAUGAAGACUGCCCCGAUCUGGUGCCGAUAGACGUCGGUAUCGUGCAGGACAGCGAGCCUGGCUCCGGCAGGAAGAUCCCCGUGACCAUCAUCACGGGUUACCUAGGUGCUGGGAAAACAACGCUUCUGAAUUACAUUCUGACUGAACAACAUAGCAAGAGAAUCGCAGUGAUACUGAAUGAGUUUGGAGAAGGGAGUGCACUGGAGAAAUCUUUGGCAAUCAGUCAGGGAGGAGAACUCUAUGAAGAAUGGCUGGAGCUAAGAAAUGGCUGUUUGUGCUGCUCAGUAAAGGACAAUGGUGUGAAGGCUAUUGAGAACCUCAUGCAAAAGAGAGGAAAAUUUGACUAUAUAUUGUUGGAAACAACUGGUUUGGCAGAUCCAGGAGCUGUGGCCUCCAUGUUCUGGGUUGAUUCUGAGCUGGGAAGCGACAUCUAUCUUGAUGGCAUUGUAUCUGUUGUUGAUGCAAAGCAUGGAUUGCAGCACUUGACAGAGGAGAAACCGGAAGGCCUUGUCAAUGAAGCGGCAAGGCAGGUUGCAUUAGCUGAUCUUAUAAUCAUCAAUAAAACGGAUUUGGUUUCAGGGGAAGAACUGAAUAAAGUCAGAGCGUCUGUCAGGUCAAUAAAUGGACUCGUCAAAAUUUUGGAGACACAAAGGUCAAGAGUUGAUCUUUCCAAUGUACUGGACCUGCAUGCUUUUGACAGUCUAUCUGGAAUAAGCUUGCAGAAAAAACUUGAGAAUAUGAAGACAGCACAUGCACAUCUAGAUAAGGGUAUAGUGACGGUAACAUUUGAAGUCCUAGGAAACAUCAAGGAAGAAAACCUUAAUCUCUUUAUACAGAAUCUUCUGUGGGAAAAGAAUGUGAAAGAUAAGACUGGACGUACCAUGGAUGUCAUAAGACUGAAGGGACUCGUAUCUAUUCAAGGCAAAUCUCAUCAAGUGAUAGUCCAAGGUGUCCAUGAGCUCUACGACCUGGAAGAGACUGCAGUAGCAUGGAAGGAAGAUGAAAAAAGAACAAAUAGACUUGUUUUAAUUGGUAGGAACUUGAAUAAGGAAAUCAUCAAAGAAGUAUUCAUAGAAACUGUGUCAGAGAAGCAUGAAAGCAGUUGACACUGGACUAUAAACAAGAUGAAAAGUCUUGUGCUUAACUCUGCAAGCUUUUUAUGAUUAGAAGGACUGAAUGACACACAGUGUAGUAGUUCCUUUUUCCUCUUCCAAUCUACUGGACAGUUAAACUCCCGAGCCCUGCUAAGAAUCCCAGCUCACCUACUGUUAAAAGAUUAGCUCUUAUGGUCUAGAAUCAAACACACACACAAAAAAAAAUCCUAGCAUUUUGAAUUGGGCUAAAUUUAUGCUGGUGAAUUCAUUCAGCUUUGCAGAAGUACAGAUAGGCAAAAGACUUGCUUCUGUUGUAUGUGAAGAGGCCAUAAAUUACGGUAGGUGUAUGUGGUAAAGAUAUUGAAAGACUAAUGCUUUUUUGCUGUAAUGCUCUCUUAAUAAUAAAUUAGUAUUGAUUUUUGCCAGUCAUAUAAUCACAGUAAAAGUAUUUAGUAUUAAACUUUCUUGCAUAGCUUUCCACUUGUUCUUUGGUUUUUAAAUGCAUCCAUCCAUCCCAGGUAACAAAUCUGUUGUAUAAAUGAAAGUAAAAUGUGCAGCCAGUCCCCACACAGCAGCUGUCCCCCCAGCCCUCUCCCCUCAGUUGACUUUUUUUUUCCACAUGAUGUCAUAUGUUAUCAAAUGUCCCUCUGGCCAGUUUAGGUCAGUGGUCCUGGUUCUGUCCCAUCCCAGCUCUUCAUGUCUCCGCAGCAGCCUCUUGCUGGCAGGACAGUACGAGGCACUGUAAAACAUCCUUGGCAGUCACGUCCCUUCAGUUUGAAAGCUAGCAUGUAUGCUCACAACUUUGCAGAUUUUAGACUGUGUAAAUGGCACUUUCCUGUAUGGAAGACAAAUGAUUGCUGUCAAUUAAGGGUUGAGUUAUAAACAUCACAUAAAUGCAAAUUUGUAAAUAA